AUGGCUUCAAUAUUAUCCCUGCCGCUUCAUCUUAUUGCUGAUGUUCUGCGUUUGCUGGAUAACAUCCAAGAGCUUCCUCCUAUUCUGCUAAGCCAUCGAAUAUUUUACUCUGCUCUUUUGGAUACCCCAAGUCUGCCUGUGGAUAUUAUUCGCAGUCAGAUUCCCAACAACUUGCUUCCGUUGGCUUUUACCGCAUUCAAGUCGCAAAAGUCGGUAAGGGAAACAAGCAGUAUAAGCGCGGAGGAGUUUCUGACCCAUUGCUACAACAAUUCUAUGCGAAAUGUGGACGGCAGUCAACUUCACUUAACGGUAGGUGAAGCCGUUGAGGUUGUCAGAGUCAAUGAUGCAUUGUCAGGCCUAAGGGAUGAGUUUGCUUUGUGUUCUCUGAGCAAGCUUCAUGGUGUAAACCAACAUAAGCCCAUUGAAAGUGGCCAAGGUCUCUCUCCUGGCGAAUGCUAUCGAAUCUCUCGCGCAUUCUAUCGAUUUCAGAUACAUCGAAACCUUUUCCUCGACAAGGAGCAGGAAAUUGAUCUUUUCCCAUCUUAUGACGAUGAAGAAGAAAAAGAAGAUUCGAGCUCUGACAACGAACUGAAAAAGCUGUUCUUUGAUCGGCAUUCUCCAUGGGUCAAUGAACAACUGGCUUGUGUUUAUGACUUUCUUGAGACAAGAUUAACGGGUGUCAUGCUGACCAUCUUGUCCGCAACCCCAGCCUAUAGGCAAGUAGUUGUCAAUGGCGUUCAGUGGGGAGACAAUCUUACCGAGUGGCUAGCUGAAAAGACUCAAUCGUUGGAGGAGCAAAGAUGCAUGUCCCUCGGUAUUCCUCGUCUCAGUCAGCUUCUCAAGGCCUCAACUUACGAAGAGUGGCAAGCUUCACUUAGUGAGGCUAUCAGCCCUUGCCAAAACAUGCUUGAGGAAGAUCUUGAGCAGUUCAACCGUGGAAGAAAGCCAAAUAAGAGAAACGAAGUUUGGCGAGCUGAAGAUAUUGAUAGGCUAGCGAGGGAAGUCGACGCUGACGAUGCUUUUACUGAUGAUCAACCAAGACAGACAUGGAUGAAGGUACACUAUGAUCAUGCGCAUGAGAGAUAUCGCUUAGGUGAGCACGCAUUUGCCCCAAUGAGGUUUAUCUACGGGCUGAGAAGCAUCGGAUAUGUCAUGUGGGAUGCAGAGAGAAUGAAGAAUGAUGCCUGUAAAGUCACCUUGGACAAGGCGUACCGAGGCGAUGCUGUUUUCUAA